AAUCAGUGCCAAUUCACUUUUCAUAUAAUGCUAUUUUUCCACCCAAUUUAAAGAAAUGUAAAACAUGAAUUAAUGUGCUGUUAUUUUCUUGCUGGUUCUGGUCCUGUAUGUGAGGAAAAACUAAAUCAGCAUUUAUUGAAGGAGCAGGCGUUGUCUCUAAUGAAUUAUAUUGAAUAUUUUCAGCUAAUCUUCUGCUAAAGUCUCUGCUCAAGCGUGUCUAAUUGAGUUCAUGCUAACGUAGGUUUGAUGCAAAAGCAUAGAGGCUUCUCUUGUCCCCAUCCCAUACUAGAUUCAGGACUGUUUUUCCACCACCAGUGGCAACAUGGCAAAGCCAAUGGAACUAGAGCUGAAGAAUGUGAAGCUGAGAGCUGGAGACCAGUUGAAAGUGGAGGGGAGGAUUCUGACUGAGGCGAAGGGGUUCCAGCUAGAACUGGGCCGUGACGAAGAUCACCUGGCGCUGCACUUCAACCCCCGUUUCAAGGACGACACGGACGGCGCUGUGCUUGUGUGCAACUCAAGGAUUGACGGCUGCUGGGGUCACGAGGAGAGAGAGAAACACAGUGACCUCCAAAGGGGUUCUACUUUCAAGAUUGUCCUGAAGCUGACCAGAGACGUGUUUGAAGUGGAGAUGCCUAAUGGACAUGAGAUCAAGUUCCCCAACCGUUCCGUCCUGGACGUCAUUACCUACGUUCGCGUCAGAGGAGACUUAAAGCUCACCGCCUUUAAGAUCUACUAAAGAGACCCAUAAUAUCCACCUUGUGUAGCCUGGCAACAAUGGCAGAGCCAAUUUGUCUCGUUUGCCUUCCAAUUUCCGGUGCAUUCCGGCCCAAUGACACACAAGCAAGUGGGCGGGGCUACAUAUAGAGUUAGACCAAUGGGCAGUAAGACAGGAUCAAUGGCCCGUAUCAAAUACUAAAUGGAAAUAUGGGGUGACCAUGGUACGUUUUGUUGUAACAAUAUUCUGACAUACAGUAAACACAAGGGACAACUGGGGACGAGGUUAGGAUACUGUCAACUAAUUACAUUCCUUUACAAAUACAGACGUGUUUCACACACAUCUUGGCCGGAUGAAAUGUCAGUCAAUGUUUUACUUGUUUUGGUGAGAAAGAAUGUAUUCUUAUAACAUAGUAGACCAAAUGAUUACAUUAUCACUGACCUAAUCUCUCAUGUUCUGAUACUGUAGUAGACCAAAUGAUUACAUUAUGACUGACCGUGUCGACAGAUUGGGUCAACAAUUACUGAGCAGAAAAGAGAAUAGCCGUUGACUCCAGAAGCACGGCGUAAAUGUUUACGACGAUUUGAAAAUGUUAUUUUCUGUAUACAUUUAAUGAAGCAAAACAAAAUGGACGCCUGUCAUGUCAUCAAUAAAGUGAAGCAUCCUCAAGUA